AUGCCUUUGGGAGUCGCAGAGCAGCUUACCCUAUUGCCACGCUCAUAUGCAAAUAAUACCUGUGUCUGUGGCUCUGGCUCAACAUGUUCAUCACCAGCAUUUAUCGAUGGAUGGCUUGUUCCCGGAUUUCGAGUUGGUUGUAAUCCAAUUGAAUCUCUUCUACAAUCUACUAUGGAAUGUCUCUAUAAUAUAACAUGCAUAGACAAGAUCAAACCAAACGAUUAUAUAUCAGAUAUGAUCUUUCGCGCCCUUGAUUCUACACGAUCAUCAUCCGAUGCCCUUGUUCAGUCUCUAGUUGAUGUUAUUAUGGUCGAUCAAUGGGACAUAAAUGUUACUUAUGAGUCUUACUAUAGAGCAUGUGCUCCACUCUACUGUACUUACUCACUCAACAUGCGAUUCGAUAAAGUGUAUGUUUUCACUACCAUUAUCAGCCUUACUGGUGGAUUAACUGUUACACUUAAACUUGUUAUUCCACACACAGUCAAAUUUGGGCGAUAUAUUUUUAUGUGUCGGCGACGACUAGUUCGAUCAACAGUUACUGUAAUUGCAUAA